AUGUUUCGUUUCAGUAAAACUUUUUUAAAAUAUAGACCAUACUCAACUUAUCGUACUUUUAACAAUAACCAUGGUCAGAUUUCCAAUUACAAAUCAUUUUGGAAUCGCCACUGGAAAUCUAUUUCGGUGGUUUCAUUGGGACUUACUGUUUUUGUUUCAUCUCAUUUGGAACGCACACCAAUUUCUAAUAGGUUAAGACUUAUGAUUGUCCCCAAAAGUCUUGAAGAAGCUAUUGGAGAACAAGGCUAUCGUGAGGUAUUACAGCAAUAUCGUGGCAAUAUUCUUCCAGAUAACCAUGAAAUCACAAUAAGAGUAAAAUCAGUGAUGAACAGGUUAAUUAAAGCUUCAGGAAUGGAUGAGCAAAUGGAUUGGCGCAUUCAUGUUGUUCAUGACCCCAACGCACCUCCAAAUGCUUUUGUUUUACCAUCUGGAAAGGUUUUCGUUUUUACAUCAAUUCUACCAAUUGCAGGAGGGAACGAUGGUUUAGCUACUAUUUUAUCGCACGAGCUUUCUCAUGUUCUUUUACGUCACACUGCCGAAUCUUUAGGAAAAGAACCAUUUUUUAUAAUUGCCAACAUGAUUCUUCUUUACGCAUUUUCGAUACGAUUAGAUACAUUAACAAAACUUCUACUUGAAUUGCCCAGUUCUCGAAACCAUGAAAAGGAAGCUGAUUAUGCUGGACUAAUGAUUUUGGCACGUGCAUGCUUUUCUGUUAAUGAAGCUGUGUCAUUUUGGGAACGCAUGCUUCAAUAUGAGACUACAAAGCAAUCUGGUGAGGUCCCGGAGUUUUUAAGCACUCAUCCUGCUACUCAACAUAGAAUCACAAAUAUGAAAGAGUGGAUACCUCAAGCAGAGGAAGAGCAACGUAGUGUUGAUUGUGAUGAAUACCGAAGAUUUAAAAGUUUCAAAAACUUUUUUGAAAUGUAA